AUGGCCUCCUUUCUAUUACAUUUACUAUCAUUCCAACUGUUCUGUCUUGGCGUCCUUCCAACCUACCAUAAUUGCCCACAACCUGUCGGUGUCCGCCCGAAACACUGCAAAAGAAUAUGCGAAUCCGAUGAAGAAUGCAAGGGCCACAAACGCUGCCUAUGUGAUGGUGAAUGCGGGUUGUCCUGUGUAAAUCCUAGUGCCACUUGCCAUCCCCUGGAUCACCUCGAUAAUGGUUAUAUUCGGACUUCAAAUGAAUAUCGCUUUGGGUCAAAUGCGGAAUACAGUUGUCACAAGGAUUAUGUCUUGGUCGGACCAUCGCAACGCCGGUGCCAGGCUAGCAGAGAUUGGAGUGGAUCACAACCGAUUUGUCGCUUACAACUAAAAUGUGGACCCCCGCCAGAACUACCGUAUGCAGUCCAUGACGGCGCAUCGUUUUCCGGAGAAUAUGAUCUUGAAACAGAAGUCCAAUACUCUUGCGUACCAGGCUACCACAGAUUCAAUUCGAAAGGCCUGGCCUUGGCUAAAUGCCUAUUAAAUAGGAAAAAUAUUGCUCAAUGGUUUGGGCCGGACUUGAAGUGCAAAGCUCGUACCUGCUCGGACCCAGGAAGAGCUGAUAAUGGGAUCAGGGAAGGGGAUGUUUUUGAAUAUCCGCACCAGGUUCAUUUCAAAUGCCUUCCUGGUUUCCUACUGGUCGGCCCUGCAAGCCGAAAAUGUGAAAGUAAUGGCGAGUGGACGGAAACGACACCGGUUUGUAAAGCAACUGAAUGUCCAAGACCUCCUGAUCCAUUAAACGGACGUGUACUAGGAGCUUCAUUAACCUAUCAAAGUACAGUAACUUACUCCUGUAAAGACGGCUAUCGUCUAGUUGGGCAAGUUCAACGAAUCUGUCUAGCCGAAGGGAUUUGGGCAGGCCAAGAGCCAAGAUGUGAAGAAAUUCGCUGCCCUCCCUUGCCGAAUCUGAGCAACGGUUAUAUUGAAGGUGGCGAAACACAUUAUGGAGCUGUUGCGGUUUUUCGGUGCUACGAAAAAAUGACACAUGAAGGAGCAACCGAAGCGAAAUGUCUACAAUCCGGUCAAUGGUCCCAUCCACCUCCACGAUGCCUAGGUGUAUGCCGAGUGCAAGCAAUUGAGAAUGGGCAGACGGAGGGCUAUAAAGUUGGAGCAUUUGUGCAGUCCGGAUCCCAAGUCGAAGUAAAAUGUGAGGAUCGCCACGAAACAAAAUCCUUGACGACAAUGACUUGCCACAAUGCAACCUGGAGUCACCAGCCAAUUUGUGAACCAUUAAGCUGCCACGCUUGGCCACCUCGAGUUACACACGCCCGUGUACUUUUCACGAAAUCUUCACAUGGUUCAAAAGCUAAAUAUGAAUGCAAACCUGGAUAUCGAUUGAAUUCUGAGCAGCAUACGAUCAAGUGCCUUUUUGGUGAAUGGACCAGAGAUGAAGGACCGUUGAAAUGUAUUGCUACUUCUUGCGCUCAUCCCUCGGAAACCUAUGGUCAAAUUGCAAAUGGAAAGAUUAUGUUGGAAGGGCUGCUUGGCUCCUACGAUUUUGCAACAUAUAUUCAAAAGGUGGACGUCGGAAAAUCUAUUGUAUUUUCAUGUGAAAAGGGUUUUUAUUUAAUUGGUUCCCCAAAAGCUUCGUGUGUUGAUGGAGAAUGGGUUCCAAAGGUUUUGCCAAAAUGCACCCAGCAAACACACCCAAUGAUUGAAGGGAAUAUUGUUUGGGAUCGAAAGAAAAGGAGUAUAUUAAGACAUCGCGCAAGAAGAUCAUCACUGCCUCGUUCGCAUUGCCCCAGAAUCCACAACGACGACUCGAUGCUAAUCGUUCCCCAUUCGGCCAACGAGAUCUCAGUGGCUUGCAGGGAAGGGUAUGAAGGGAAACAUGGCACCAAUUCCAUUCGACUUCUCUGCCAUCAAGCUAACAAUUCAUGGCAUCCACCACCACCUAUUUGCACUCCAAACCCUUGCCGCCUUCCAACUAGAUUGCAUGUUUAUUAUUUGCGUAUGAAUGAUUCUCAAAUUAUCGAUUCUGACGGGUUGCUGCCAGAUUCAAGCGUGGCCAAGAUGAUUUGCCUGCGUGGAUUUCAGUUAAGAGGUCCUUCAGUCCUAAAGUGCAGCCGAGGCGUUUUAGAAGAAAUGCCUGGCGAAUGUCAACCACAAGAAUGCAUCCUCGACCAAGUCCCGACCGGCCGUUACAUUCCCCCGCUACGUACCCUUCUCCAUACUCAAAAAAUCACCCUCGAAUGUCAGACCCAAAACAUCACAAUUGAAUGCAACCGUGGAAAGCUACAACCAACACCUAGCUGCUUUCAAAACAUCUCCCACUAUUGCAUUCCUCCAAGGGAUUCUACGCCGGCAAUGAUAUAUCGAUAUCAGGGUGAGCAAAAGCUCUUCUUGGAUCGACUACAACAAGUCUAUCCCAACGGAACUAUCUUUCGCUAUAAAUGUGAUUCAUCUCGAGACGAAGCUAGUGGCAUCGAAUGUGUUGAAGGGAAAUGGAUGAGCAAUUUGCUGUCAUGCCUUGCCGAAAAUGUUACUGAACUUCCGAAGGUGACCAGCGAGGGUACAUGCCCUGAACCACCGCUCGAUCGACAGUUUCGGAUCGUUAAUAUCGAGAAUUACGUCCAGUCAUCACAGAAUAGAUUUCCGCAUGCUACCUCUUUGCAGAUUGGUUGUAGCAUCUGGGCCCCAAACGAUCCGACGGUCGAAUGGAAAUGCCGACGUGGAAAAUGGAGUCGUAAGGGAAAAUUGGAGUGUCCGAACGACAUGGCAUGUGAAUUCCGAACCGAUCUGACCGGACGUGUUUUGGCCUAUUCUGUGGAGCGCAGGGAGCACUUACUAUUUAAUCAAAAACUGCCUGAAAGCUCAAGAAUCCUCUUCCGAUGUUCUGAUAUUGGAAGAUUUCGGAUGAGAGGCAAAACGGAGGCCGAGUGCCGUGAGGGUGAAUGGACGGCGAGAGCUCCUAGAUGUGAACCCCUUGACCCACAAAGUAAUAGUUCUGAUGAGGCAGCUCCAAUAUAUUAUACGGUUGAACCCUCACCACACGCAAUUUCCAAUAAGGGAGAAUUGAUCGUUUCUCGUUCGGCAACUGUUACCUUCAGUUGCCUAUUACCAAAGACAAGAGGCCGCCCUGUUUGGGAAACCACAUCCACUUACCGCACCUAUCCACAAAAUUGGGAAACUAUUGAUGUGGAUAAAUGGAAGAAUCUGGAAGCUUACCAGCUUUCCGUCGUUGGCGCACAGCCAGAGGAUAAUGGUGUUUUCCACUGUAUCACACCUUUCGGCGAGCGGCAUUCGAUCAAAAUGCUUGUGCAGAAUGUCAACUGCCCAGUGAUACGAAAUUCCACGCAUUUACAAGUACAUUUUUCCCAGCGAAAUUUCUUCGUCGGCACUGUCGCUCAAUUUGUAUGCCCAAACGGGUAUAAAGUGAGUGGAGCAAUGCAAGCGACAUGUCUCUCUGAUGGUAGAUGGUCUCAUGAUGCACCGGAAUGUGAAGCCGUUCAAUGCUCCCCACUCGUCAUUACUGACCAAUACCUUGGAGCCACUGUGUCUUCCUACAAAUUCGGAGGGAUCGCGCAAUUCAGCUGCGAAAAGGGUUACACAUUAAUAGGCCAGGAACACGUCCACUGCACCGCCAGAGGUGCUUGGAGUGAUAAAGUCCCACAUUGUGCUGUUGUUCAAUGUGGUCAGGUAUCACCUCCCAAAAAUGGCUACGUAAUCGGAGAUGGCGUAACUAAAGUCUACAGAAAAGGUGACAUCGUGAUGCUUGGAUGUGUCGAUUUCCACCUGUUGACGGGCACCGAUUUUGUAAUGUGCCAAGCUAAUGGGAGAUGGACUUCUGCUGGCGCAACUUGUUCACCUUAUUGCAAGUAUCCAGGGACACCUGAAUUUGGGCAAUCUACAUCACCGGCAAAGGACUAUUAUUUGGUGGGCGAUAAGCUUGUUUAUUAUUGUCCGGGAAAUGGUUAUCGGCUAUCUGCCGAUAAUGUCCUAAUUUGCGUUGGAGCAGGAAGAUGGAGCAGAACAGUGCCUAGAUGUGUCCCCGAUGAUGAU